AUUGUGAAUUUUCUAAAAAAGACAGUCCAAAAGCUUCCCACUUUUCCGGCGUCACAUGCCACGCCGCCCGGUGCCCAACAGUAAUAAACCCAAUUGAAACUUGACCCAAUAUUCCAAAUUUCUAUCUCUUCUGUUGGCACUGCGAUCGAGCUCCCAGUUCGUAUAGUCGCCAAGCCAAUUCUUCCUUCUUCGAAGUGUUUCUCAGCUCAAAGCUGGUUCCUUUUGUUCCACACAACUCGAAGAAAUGGCGGUAUAUGCCAUAUCACGGCGAUUAACACGUGGAUCAACCACGGUCGGGGUUUUGCAUUAUGCUACUUGUUGGAGAUCUUAUUCGACGUCGUUAUCCUAUUCGACGUCGUUUAGAGAAGAACGAGACACAUUUGGACCUAUCCAAGUUCCGUCCGACAAGUUGUGGGGAGCUCAAACUCAAAGGUCGUUGCAGAAUUUUGAAAUUGGCGGAGAGCGAGAGCGUAUGCCCGAACCGAUUGUUCGAGCCUUUGGUAUACUCAAGAAAUGUGCUGCCAAGGUCAACAUGGAGUACGGUCUUGAUCCAUCUAUAGGGAAAGCAAUCAUGCAAGCUGCUCAAGAAGUUGCCGAGGGAAAGCUAAAUGAUCAUUUUCCACUUGUUGUAUGGCAGACUGGCAGUGGCACUCAAAGUAAUAUGAAUGCCAAUGAGGUGAUUGCAAACAGAGCAGCUGAAAUACUUGGCCAUCAGCGUGGUGAAAAGUUUGUGCACCCAAACGACCAUGUUAAUAGAUCACAGUCUUCUAAUGAUACAUUUCCCACUGUCAUGCACAUUGCAGCUGCUAUGGAGAUAAAUUCAAGAUUAAUACCAAAUCUGAAAAAUUUGCACACUUCAUUGCACUCAAAGUCUGUUGAAUUCAAAGACAUUGUUAAAAUUGGACGCACCCAUACUCAAGAUGCAACACCUUUGACUCUUGGACAAGAGUUCAGUGGCUACUCUACACAAGUGAAGUAUGGAAUUGACAGAGUCCUAUGCACUCUACCCCGCAUGUACCAGCUUGCACAGGGAGGCACCGCUGUAGGGACAGGACUGAACACAAAGAAGGGGUUUGAUGUUAAGAUAGCAGCAGCAGUAGCUGAGGAAACAAGAUUACCAUUUGUCACUGCAGAAAAUAAGUUUGAAGCUCUGGCUGCACAUGAUGCUUUUGUUGAAACUAGUGGAUCUCUCAACACAGUUGCUACUUCUCUAAUGAAGAUUGCAAAUGAUAUACGGUUAUUAGGAAGUGGUCCACGUUGUGGCCUUGGUGAGCUCAUCCUUCCUGAAAAUGAGCCUGGCAGCAGUAUAAUGCCUGGGAAGGUUAAUCCUACCCAGUGCGAGGCUCUCACAAUGGUCUGUGCUCAGGUUAUGGGUAACCAUGUGGCUAUCACAGUGGGUGGAUCAAAUGGUCACUUUGAACUUAAUGUAUUCAAGCCCAUGAUUGCUAAUGGACUCCUACAUUCACUGAGAUUGCUUGGGGAUGCAUCUGCUUCAUUUGAAAAGAACUGUGUCAGAGGAAUUCAAGCCAAUAGGGAAAGAAUUUCAAAAUUACUCCAUGAGUCUCUAAUGCUUGUCACAUCCUUGAACCCUAAAAUCGGUUAUGACAAUGCUGCAGCAGUUGCCAAGAAAGCCCACAAAGAAGGAAGUACUUUGAAGGAAGCUGCAUUGAAACUUGGAGUGCUCAACAGUGAAGAAUUUGAUACUCUUGUGGUGCCUGAGAAGAUGAUUGGCCCCACAGACUGACCAGCUUAUAUAUAGCUUAUAGAGAAUUUUGAAGUUGCUGAGUAUUGAUUUCCGGAUUUCUGCAUCGAUUGCCUCAAUCUUGCUUUUAGAUAGUCUUCUCUAAGUUGGAUUACAAAAUAAGGAUCCAAUAAUGAUGUUUUUAUUCAUAACUUUGAUAAACAGCAUUCUUGAGGUUUCCUCCAAGACUGACUUUGGUGUCACUUGAUUGUCACCAAGGGGAAAGCCCUCCCAAUUUUUAAAGCAAGACAAUGUAUUUGGAAAAUUUACUGAACAGAGUAAAAUAAUUUCAUA